UCUCCCACGUGUUCUCUCCCAUCCAGCGACUGCGGCGCCCUCCCUGACCCGGACCCUCCGCCCCUAGAAUCGACUGGCAGCGCAGUCCCCCAACCUCGCACUGGUGUCGGAUGCGAGAACCUGUGCUCAAGUAUGGUCUCUUUUCUCUGCGCUUAGAAUCUCGGGUUCCCAGGCGGAGGGCACCAGGCCACGCUCGGGAAGGUGGCGGGAUCUCUGGAGGAGGCCGCCGCGUGUAAGAAAUCAGUCAUUGGAGACAUUCAAGCAAAGAUUGGACAGCUAAUUUUCUGAACAAAAGGAAACUCAUGCAUCAGAAAAGGUGACUAAUAAACAUACCUUUAGAAUAUGGCUGCACAAAUACCAGAAUCUGAUCAGAUAAAACAGUUUAAGGAGUUUCUUGGAACCUACAAUAAACUUACAGAAACCUGCUUUUUGGAUUGCGUUAAAGACUUCACAACUAGAGAAGUGAAACCCGAAGAGACCACCUGUUCAGAACACUGCUUACAGAAAUAUUUAAAAAUGACACAGAGAAUAUCCAUGAGAUUUCAGGAGUAUCAUAUUCAGCAGAAUGAAGCCCUGGCAGCCAAAGCAGGACUUCUUGGCCAACCACGAUAGAGAAGUCAUGAUGGAUGGACUUUUGAUGAAAGACUGGCAGCAGCGGUUGCGAUGGAAGUGAGGAUUCAUCUUGAUAGAAUCCCAGGAAAGCAGCAGCCACCCUAUUAAACUGUCAGUCAUGACUUUGGCAAAUGGAAACAACUGGAGAAACAAAAUUGCUGUUUACCGAGAAUAAUCAAAAUAGAAGGUCUUAUUGUUCAAUGAAAAUAAUAAGAUGCAACAUUUGUUGAGGCCUUAAGAUUCAGCAGCUUGGUAAUUUCAUUAGAAAAAUAAACC